AUGUCCCCCACCCCCAGCAUGAAAACCCGAUUCCUCAUCCUCUCCGACACCCAUGGCGCAGAGCUACCCGAAUCGUGCUUCCAUCACUCCUCAGACAUUGUAAUCCACUGCGGUGAUCUCACAACCUCAUCCUACAUAACCGAGUUCCAAACAACAAUCAAGCAACUCCAGCGUCUCAAAGCCCCAUUCAAGCUUGUCAUCGCCGGAAACCACGACUUCACCUUAGACACACCAACCUUCCAACAGAAGAUCCGCGAAGCGGGCCUCGAAAACGACCCCACCGUCAAGAAUGUCUACGGCGACUACGAAGAAAUCCGCACUCUCUUCAAACACCAACAAGAGAACGGAAUCAUCUUCCUAGACGAAGGCACACACUCAUUAACCCUACCAAACGGUGCGAAACUCAACAUCUAUGCCAGUCCCUAUACCCCCUCCCUCGGGGACUGGGGCUUCCAAUACCAUCCUGAAAAAGGGCAUGGCUUUCAGAUCGACAAAGAUGUUGAUGUCGUGAUUACCCACGGCCCACCUAGAGGAAUAAUGGAUUACACUGAAAAUGGAAGAGCCGGGUGUCUGGAUCUUUUCAAAGCCGUUGCGAGAGCUAGACCCCUCAUGCAUUGCUUUGGACAUAUUCAUGAAGGGUGGGGUGCGAUGAUUGCACGUUGGAGGGAUAGUACUGUUAUUGGCAACGAACCUUCUCAUUUCACGGCUAUUGACUAUGGACGGUCGACUGCUAUCAACAAGCUAUCGAAGCUUGAUUCUAUGACAUCGCCGGCUGUUAUUCGGACAAGUCACUGCACGGAUGAUGCGGUAGCGUUGCUACCGGGCGAUCAGACAUUGUUUGUAAAUGCAGCGUUUGAGGGCAGCAAUAUAUCAGAUGGUGGCCUUUUAAGGCAUCCGGUUUGGCAAGUUGAUUUGGAGCUUCCGCCUGCUAGGUAG